UUGGGCUAAUAAAAUUAAUAUUAAAUCACAAAGCUCAUUAUUAAAAAAAUUAUCCUGAUUUGAUGAGAUCCAGUAAUAGAGUAACUAAUAGGAAAAUAGCCCACUUUCAAAAAUAGUUAAAAACCAGACAAACCUGAAAAAAAAAUCAAUCCAAACAUUUCUGCCCUUGCCUUCACAUAAUACAGCAAAUUCCUUCCAGGAAAUUCUUUUCAUUUUUUUCCAGGGGAGGACAGGAAAGAAGGAAGUGCCCACUUUUAGUGCAUUUCUCCUCUUGUUUUCUCAGAGUGUGCAAAAACAAAAGGGAAAUGAACUGCAGAAAGUGGUUCCAGGGAGCUCACAGCACCCAGCACUAAGGAAAUAAGGAGCAAUUUCACUUCUCUAUAAUGAGCCAAAUAUUUUCCUUCCUGUAUCAGGAGGCAGGUGGCUGAUAGAGGGUGGAAAAACCCCUUUCCCUCCCCACAAAUAUUCACUUUUUCUUCAGCCAGGAACAGGUGUUUAUAUAUGGAAAUAUUUACAUGUAGACAUAUGCAAAGUGCCCAGGAAAUACAGAAGGAGCAGUUUUGGAGAGUAUUAAAUAACAGGAUUUCUGUCAUAGGUGUUUGUAAGAAAACUUGAAUUUCACAGGAAAACUUGAAUAUCCCAGGAGCCCUUCCAUGCUCAGCACCCAGUGAUCUCUGUAACACAAGGCUGCAUUAAUUAAUGCACCCCAGAUAUUUCUUGGUUUGGAACACCUUUUUUUGAAAGGGGAGAUUUAACACUACACCCUCUGACUCAUUUUUAGGAGUUGCACAGGAGAAGUAGUGGAAGAUCUCCAGAUCCUGGAAAGGAUCCAGUGGAAUCCAGUGCUGCCUUUGGCACCUCAGACUGGGAACUCAGAACAAGCAGCCCUUGCUCUCAGGAGCAGCCCAGCAGAAUCUAGAGUUUAUUCUGGGAAUUCAGAACAAGCAGCCCUUGCUCUCAGGGGAUGCCCAGUAAAAUCCAGGAUCCAGAAUUUAUUCUGGGAAUUCAGAACCACCAGCCCUUGCUCUCAGGAGCUGCUCAGCAGAAUUCAGGAUCCAGAAUUUGUUCUGGGAAUUCAGAACCACCAGCCCUUGCUCUCAGGAGCUGCCCAGCAGCAGCACACAGGGCAGGAUUUAAAUCCCAUCCCUCAGCUCUGCAGGAAGGUGAUGCAUUCCUUCCAGGAUCUACAGCACGGGACAAACAUUCCCCACAAGUUUUUGCCUGAUCCUGUACUUUCAGAAAAACUGAAUAAGCUGUAAAAAAACCCCCAAAUCUGGAGGAGGAGAAGGGCUGAACCCGAGCACCACCUCAGGCAUCCCCGUGAUGGGCAGGCUCCUCUCUGGGACUCCUGUCCCCUCAGUUCCAUGUGGUUUGUGGAAGAUGAAGGGUGGGCUGGAGGGGGCUUGGAGCAGCCUGGACUGGUGGAAGAUGUCCCUGCUUGGUGUCAAGGAACCAGGACAUUCUGGGAAACUCCUCUGUGAUUUGCACCACACUUGUGCCACAGCUGACUUGGACCCUUUGGAUCUGGAAAUGAGGCUUGGUUCAGGCAGUGGCUCUAAAAAUCAUUCUGAGCUCCAGGGACAGAGCUGUGAGCUCAGCCCAAAGGACUUGCAGCCACUGGAGCUCCAGGAGCAGCUCAAGGAGAGCAGCAGAGGGGCUCAGCCAUCCCCAGCAGCCUGGAUCCACCUGGAGGUGACAGCCUUGGAAUGGCACAAGGAGGCCUCAUCCAGGGCCCAGGAUCCUCUCCUGCUGCAUUCAGAAUGGAGGAAUUACACUGAUCUGAACAGCUCAAAAGGAAUGAUGCAAUUGCUCAUCAUGAAUGGAACAGAAAACAAUUCUGAUCCCAAGCAAGAGAAGCCUGGCUCAGGAGGUGCCAUCACUGCAAUCAGAGAAGGUUUCAGUGAGCUGGAGAAGGACCAUGUGGAGCCCAGGCCCAGCUCUGACUCAGGUGGUGAAGGCACAGCACCAUUUUUCCUUUGUGGCAAGAAGUUUUGAAGCAUCUUCCCAGAGACAGCAGUAACUGUGAGGAGCUGAACCUGAAGCUCAUCCUUGUUUCCUGGGAGUGUUUAUUGUCCUGAGCACUCCCUGAUUGAUCUGGGCAGUGCAGGGAGGGGAGGCCACAGGCACAAGGAUUUUAUGGCCCCUAUAAAAGCUGCACACAGCUUUUCCUCCUUUUGCUGCUGUUAAAUGCAGCAUUUGGGAUCAUAUGGCACUUUGAGUGCUCUGAUUUAUGGGGAGGCAGCAACUGCAUCUGUAAUAAACAUUCUAAAGGCUGAGUUGAAGAGCAAUCCACUGCAUUUAUUUGGGAUAUAAACACUUCCUGCAAUGCAUGUGGGAAUCAGCCCGGGCUGAACUCACAGCCAGAGCUUCAAGGUCAAAGCCAAGGUGGAGGUCUCUGAAAAGACGAGUGUCAAGUGAAAUGAAGCGUUUGAUGCAAGAGGAGUUUGCAGCUGAUCCACAACAUGAUACCUGCAUGUUUUCAGAAGUUGUUUUGACUUUCUUCUAUGGUUCCUUAUCAAAUUCAUGGCAAAGUGAAUGUGGUAAAACUCAGCCCUUUGCUUUCUAACCUUGAAAAGGUAAAUAAAUCCUUUGGCUUGAGUCACAAGUGGUUUUGCCUCAUUAAGAGCAUAUUUUAUUCAAAAAGAGUAUAUUUGAAUCAGAAAGCAAUUGAUGUGCACACAGGAUUUGGGUCAUUUUUGGUGCAAGAAGGUGAAAUUUGAUGGAAGACUGGAGCUUUUGACAGUAAAAAAGCAGCUUUUUACAUCACCACGUUAUAGUCCAAAAAUAUAUUUAUCACACUACUAUUGCUAAAUUUUGUUAAUAGCAGAAUUCAAACUCUAUUCAUACAGCACAGUCUUCCAACAUUCUACAUCCAGCAUUCAUUUGAAUAUUUGCAUAAAGCCAGUAAUAUAAUAUAUAGUUAUAAGAGCAAGAUAACAACAGUUAUAACAACAGAAGUUAUAAAAACAGUGAUAACAACAAUUAUAACAACAGUUAUAAAAACAGCUGACUGCGGGCUGCUUGCAGCCUGGCCCUCAAACUUCAUUUACACUUAUAUUUACAUUUACACUUACACUUACAUUUACAUUUACACUUGCAUAUUACUUAAAAUUACAUUUACACUUAGACUUGCACUCACAUUUACACUUACAUUUACACUUACAUUUACACUUACAUUUACACUUACAUUUACAUUUAUACUUACAGGUGCAUUUUACUUACAAUUACAUUUACACUUACAUUUACAUUUGCACUUACACUUUUUACACUUCUUUUUACACUUUUUACACUUUUUACACAUUUUACUCUUACACUUACAUUUACACUACACUUAUAUUUACAUUUUUUCUAUUAUUUCACGUUCCCCUUUGCCCGGGCCCCUCGC